UUGUCAAGGCACAAGAUGACCUUAUGAAAGCAAGAGACGAGCGUGUCGCUCUCAUGAAUGAGAUUCUUGGUGCCAUCCGCAUGUUGAAGUUCAUGGCUUGGGAACGAAGCUUUGAGAAACGUGUUUUAGGUAUUAGGGAAAAGGAGCUCUCACACCAAUGGAGAAACUAUGUUAUCGAG